GGGAGCCCCGGCCUCGCGCCCACCGCGGCUUCAAGUUUCCCCCCAGGCGCGGGGUUGUGCAAGAGCGCGGGCGCGCGAGCAGCCGGCGCGGCGCAAAACAAGCCGAGCCCAUAAACAAAGCCACGUGGCCUCGGGCCGGGGGCCGGGCUAAGCGCAGGCGGCUCUUCCGGCAACAAAGCGCCCCGGCCGGCUGCCCCGGAUAAAUACGGCGCCGGGGACGCGGCGCGGCACUCCGGCCGCCCGCGCCCGCACCCCCGCCCGCGCCCGCGCCCCCGACCGCCGCCAGCCCCGUCCGUCGCUCGGCCGCCCCGUGUGCGCCUCGGCUCGCGGUGCCAUGCCCUUCCUCGGGCAGGACUGGCGCUCCCCGGGCCAGAGCUGGGUGAAGACGGCCGACGGCUGGAAGCGCUUCCUCGAUGAGAAGAGCGGCGGCUUCGUGGGCGAUCUGGGCAGUUACUGCAACAAGGAAGUUUUCAAUAAGGAAAAUCUUUUCAACAGCCUGAACUAUGAUGUUGCCGCCAAGAAGAGAAAGAAGGAUAUACUGAAUAGCAAAACCAAAACUCAGUAUUUUCAUCAAGAAAAAUGGAUCUAUGUCCACAAAGGAAGCACUAAAGAGCGUCAUGGGUAUUGCACUUUGGGGGAGGCUUUCAACCGACUGGACUUCUCAACUGCCAUUCUGGACUCCAGGAGGUUUAACUACGUCGUCCGGCUGUUGGAACUGAUAGCCAAGUCACAGCUCACGUCCCUGAGUGGCAUCGCCCAAAAGAACUUCAUGAACAUUUUGGAAAAAGUGGUACUGAAAGUCCUCGAAGACCAGCAGAACAUCAGACUCAUCAGGGAACUUCUUCAGACACUGUAUACGUCCCUGUGCACGCUCGUGCAGAGAGUCGGCAAGUCCGUGCUGGUGGGGAACAUCAACAUGUGGGUGUACCGAAUGGAGACGAUUCUACACUGGCAGCAGCAGCUCAACAACAUCCAGAUCACCAGGCCUGCCUUCAAAGGCCUCACCUUCACCGACCUGCCUUGGUGCUUACAACUGAACAUCAUGCAGAGGCUGAGCGACGGGCGUGACCUGGUCAGCUUGGGCCAGGCGGCACCUGACCUGCACGUGCUCAGCGAGGACCGGCUGCUGUGGAAGAAGCUCUGCCAGUAUCACUUCUCCGAGCGGCAGAUCCGCAAGCGAUUAAUUUUGUCAGACAAAGGACAGCUGGAUUGGAAGAAGAUGUAUUUUAAGCUGGUGCGAUGUUACCCACGGAAGGAGCAGUAUGGAGACACGCUGCAGCUUUGCAAACACUGUCACAUUCUCUCCUGGAAGGGCACUGACCACCCCUGCACAGCCAAUAACCCAGAGAGCUGCUCCGUCUCCCUUUCACCCCAGGACUUUAUCAACCUGUUCAAGUUCUGAAUCCAGCGCAUGACAGCACUGCGGAAGGGAUCCCCCUACUGAUUGGAGGGCUGGGAAGACAGCAUUUGGACUCUGCAUUUGUAAAUAGUGUACAUUUUCGACAUUGGCUCAAAACUUCUGAGAUAAGUCAUUGAGAGGACUUUGGAGGGGAGACGUGCAUUUGCUGGCUGGGAACUUUACAAAUCUGGACUUUCUGUUAGGAUUGGUAUGGAACGGCAGAAACUCUGUCAAUAAACUCUGCUAACCAUAUUGCCAGCAAGACCGGAAGGGUAAGGAUUCUGUCUCCUCGGUGAAAUGCUCUUGCUCUUCCCUGAAAGGUCUUCCUAAUUCCCUAGAGAUGUGGAAGCAAAAGGGCAAAACUCAAAAACACAAGGACUUGGCAUGUGGCCCAGCAGUUAAGCACUUGCCCUGCGUGUGGGAGGCCCUGGGUUUGAUUCCAGGCACUAUCCAAAAAACCACUCGAAAACAAACUAGAAUGCUCUUUGUUUAUAAUGUGAAAUUGUGUUGAAAGAAGCGGGGAGGGGAUGGAGAAGACCUACCUAUGUGACAUCCCUGGGCUUUUGAUUUUGAUUUUGGGGGUUUGUUUUGAAAAAACAGAGGAACCACCGCUAUCUUGAACCCACAAGGGGCUGGCUGGGGCCUAACCUUAUGAAACCGUCGCACAAUAGUCUACCUCGGAAAGAAGACCACGCUCUCUGCUCUCUCUGACAAAGCGCUUUGACCACCAGGCAGUGUCUGCUUUACUUGUUUUUUUCUUUCAUCACGUAGAAAAUGAUUUUAAAUAUGAAGAGAAGGGCCAGGGAUGUGUCUUCGUGGUAAACAGAUGCCUGGCAUAGGUUAGAAGCCCUGCAACCAUGAAAGAAUCACGUCCAAGGGGGAAAAGAUUUAGAAUGCAAUUAUCCUCCUGUCACAGAUCUCCUCUUCAGCCCCUCUCCCCUUUAUCAGUCCCUUGAUUCUGCAGUGGCCCCAGAACACCCUAGGCCCUUUUUUAUUAACCUUGCAGUUGGUUCAGAGCAACAAAAGGCUAAUCAAAAGCAGUCCCCCAAGAAGGCCUGCUAGGGGAAGGAGAAUCAAGACAGCCCCUUGCUGUGAAGAAUUUCUUAUUCCAAUUUAACUUCUUAACUUGUCUGAGCGUCCCUGGGUAUCUUUAUGGAUAAGCAUAUCUCUGGACGGGAGUCUGGAGCCAGACUGCUGAUAGUAGCUUGUAAGUCAGGUUUUAACAUUAUCAGUUCAACCACGUUCCCGGCCAUUUCCCCUCUUGGCUGGUGCCGAGCUGAAGGGCUCGCUUUCCUUGACAUUCAGCAUCAUCAUGGAGUCAACCUGACCGAGGGCUAUUUGCAGGGCGGAUGACCACAUUAAAGCAUAUCAGCCAAGCAGGGAAGUGAGGUUCCCUCAGUUCUCCCUAAACUUGCCUCCUGCCUCCCCACCCCCCAGGGGAUACUGCCAGGCAGAUCUCAGCAGGCCACCAUGUAAAAGAAAGAACAUCUUAGCCCUUAACUGGGUUCCUUGUCAAAGAUUCCAGGGAAGGGGGGUGGGGGGCAUGUGUGUUUUUUACGUUUUUUUUUUAAUAGAACUUGGCUUUUCUAUAGCAGUGUACAUAUAUAUAUACAUAUAUAUAUGAUUAUUUUUGAAGUUGUGUUUGCUUUUGUGGGGCUUUUGGUUUGGGGGUUCUUUACAAAUACAUUCACCACCCUGCAUGCCCUUGGCGCAUAAGGUGAGUAGAAAUAGCAACCACAGUCUCAGGUGUGUUGAUGCACAGCAUAACCUGAGAGGUUGAACCCUAGUAUCUGGGGUGUUGGGAUGGAUGGUGGAGCCUAGAUGGGAGCGAGCAAAGGACUGACUAGUGAGCCUGGGCCACCUCCAUCCUUCAUCCUGAACAACUCAAGUCAAAGCUUUCAAAAGAGAAGUCAGCUGCUCUGUAAUCCUCACUUGGCAAAGCCCAUGCCUACACUGAGGUUUCUUUAUUCUGUAGUUAUCUCUUCUAAGAAGCAAUUAAAUUGAAUUUCAGUUCUCCCUCCUGCAAAAAUUUAAAUAAGAUCUUAUUGAGGAACAUUCAGUUUUGGAGGGCUAUAGACCACUGUAAAAUCUAAGGUAAUAUAUAAGGGACUUUGUUGUUGUUCUCCCUUUUCCACACCAACAUCAGAGUUAAGGUCCCAUUGAAAAUGCUCCAGUUUUAGGGCCAGCAAAAUAGUUAAGAGGUUAACUUGACUUGAAUGUGGCUUCUUUGACUGCAACCCUGGUUCAGUCUCUAGUAUCACAUAUGGUCUCCACGGCACCUUCAGGAGUAAUCUCUGAGCACAGAACCAUGAGUAAGCCCUGAACACAGCUGAGUAUUGUCCCCAAAAUAGAUAAGAAAAAAUGUGGGGCCAAGACCAUGGAAUGAAAGGGCUGAUUCUUCCACAAUUCAAACAGGUUCCCAAAUGUCUCUGCUUUUGGAAAGAAGAGGCAUGGAGCUGGGUUUGUUGGGUUUGGAAACGUUGACUCUAGAAAUUCUAGGUUUAGGGGUUCAUGGCCUUCCACAUAAAUCCACCAAUUUGUGACUUUUUUCCCAAUUUGUGAUCAUCAAGGAGAUGGAAAUUCCUUGGCUGGCCCAGAAGUGUUGCUGAACAUUACUCAUUUAGAACCAUCUACUAUGAUUCUCAGAUCAGCCCCAGAAGCAAGGUGCUAUGCCCCUAUCCCGAGUGAUAGAUUACUGUUCUCCAGAAUGUUCAUCUCCAGAAUGUUUUCCCCCAUCUCCUAUUGGAGUUGGACACAACAAAAAGCAAGGAGAAAUUUCAAGGGAAAGAUGCAACCUAUAUUUGUGGUUCUCUUUCAUAAGAAGAAGGGUUUAAGGAAGUCUCGGCAGGUGGAGAGGGAAAGGGAAAGGACUGGAAGUGGAGAGUGAUGCUGUGAUUUGCAUAAGGGCUGGGGAGUGGGAGGGACAUAGCGGGCACAGAGCACAUCAGCACCACAUGGGAGCUAAAAGGAGGGCCUAGAAACUCACGUAUAAAUAUUUUUAAGUUUUUGGAGCCAGAAAGGUAGUACAGGGACUUAAGACCUUCCCUUCUGUGCUUCCGAUCCAGUUCAAUCUCUGACACCACAUCCAGCCCCCUAAGUCUGCUAGGGGAUCACUCCUAUGCACAGAGCAAGGAAUAGCCCUUUUUUGUGCCACAAAAAAAGAAGAUUGUAGUUUCUGGGCAUAAUCACCUAUAAGUUUUCUGUUGCCUAAUUUUCCUAGGACCAAUUGACCUUUAAAAAAAAAUACCUCUAUUAAAAGCCAGAAGAGAUGUGACAAUAGAAAUUGCUGGAAUAAACAAAAUUUUCUUCUCUAUUUGCUAUAUCCACCCAUCACCAUCCCAACUUUAUAAAAUAGAGUUCAAAAUUAAUGUCAGAAGUCAGAUUUUUAGAGAAGACUAGAGUUUGGUCCAGGGAAAUAUGAGCAAAUCCACAGGGCUAUUCCAGUUUGGUGCAAAUCAAAGGUGUGUGAGCAGUCACUGUAGUCUCUGAGCAUUAGGCACGGCAGGUAGGCAAAGAAUUGUGCUGUUUCAUAGUGCUCAUUGAUACCAAGCUCCAGGAGAAAGCCUGAGGACAUUGGAAACCACAGUGCAUUAGGACUCAGUGCUUUGACUCUGAGCAGAUAAUUGGUCAACAGAAGGGAGAAGAGCAAAUGCUAUUAGAUAAAAGCCUCCCCAGGGUAACAGGUGAGCGGACAUUUGUCUAAUGAUGAUCAACUUUAUAUUGAAAUGGUUCAGGAGAGGCAUUUUUCAGAAGCCGGUUUGAUUUGCAAGGGUGAAGUAAUGGGGGUGUUGCGUUAUGAGCACAGUUCUCAUCUUUGUGGAUUCAAAUACAGUUUCCCCUGAGAAACUUACAAUUAACAGAGGCUCUUUGUUUCUGCUCUCUGUUUGGGGGAGAAAAGAGACCACCUGGAAUUCCAUUUGUCUAAGCAAGUGGUAUGAUUUACAGGGAGGUCAGGUCAACAUGUUCAGCAGUGCGUCAUUCUUAGCUUCAAUAUACUGUUUACCAUAACAUACGCACCUGAGUUUAUGUUUUUCUGCCAGGCUGUAGGGCUAUGUUUUGCUAUGCAAACACCCUUUUAUAAACUUGUAAAACUGUAAUUCCGUAUGAAUUUUUUAAACUAAGCUCUAUCAUCUUUUCUUAUGUGGACAUGUGUAUGUGUGUGCUUUCAACUCUCCGAGUCUGUGAACUAUCCCGUCUGGCUGAAUGCUGGCCUAAACCUCUAUUCAUGUUUAGAGGCCUCAGUAGUGGCCUCUUCAUCUCUAUGCAGAGAUAAAGCUCUUUGACGUGUCAUCAUCAAUAAAGCCCUUGAUGUCUUCAACAUUCAAGAUUAUGAUUCCUUUAAAGUUUGUUUAGGUGCCUUCUUCCCCAUUUUGUUAAGGAAGAAAAAGUCACCCCAGUUUUCCAGGAGGUAACUCCUAUCCCUGACUUGGAUGUGGGAAGGGAUGUGAAACCUGGUGUUUUGAAACCUUUCUUCAAAACAAAGGAAUAGGUUCAGAAUAUUUAGGGAACAUCCUUCAAUGCAGACUUGAGCAUACACCCAGGGUUUCCUGGGUCUUUUCCCUAUGCCCUCCUACCCACCCCCACCCCAUCAACCCCCGUGCCAGUGCUUGGCUGGAGACAGAGCCCAGUUGAUUCUUCUCAAGACCUUCACUGUGAAGGCAAGUGUGUUGGAUCCAUGUUGGGCUUCGGGCUAUUCUUCCCUCAAAAUUUUUCAUCCCUGAUCUUUCUGGAAAAGUUAAGGAGCUACGUAACCUUUGUAUAGACCUCUGCGUAUUGGGGGUGUAGCAUUCUAGUGUGAGCAGCCUACAGCGUUUUUCUUUGACAAAUUUAUUCCUCUUCCCCCAGGUACUUCCAUUUUACUUAGUCAGUGGCCCUUCUGAAGUGGAUUAGAGCCAAGAAGUCUGCUUGUUUUCUAGAAACUGAGGUUCUGAGGGUGACCUUGGAGGGCUCUUUCUCUCUGCUUACCCUAAAAGGUAUAUUUAAGCCAUCCUCUUCUCUUCCUCCAGUACCUGUUGGGAGAUCCAGCAAGCCUCUGGAAAAGUUUGAUCUCUGUUAAACUUAAUUUUCACUAAGCAAAGGGGGAUUGUUGUUUCAUGAGGCAGCAAGGAGCAAAGGACCAUAAUAUCUGUGACUUUGUCUCCUGGACAAUUUUCAAAGUGUUCUUGAACUCUGCCAACAGGGAAAUCUUCCUGAAAAAUCUUUUGAAAUUUAGACCCUAUUCCAUUUGGCCAAAAAUGGAAUAGCUGCUCUAAACACUUAUCUCCAUAUGCUGCAUUCUUUCUGGAGGCUGAACAGCAAUUUUUCAAUCUUCAGGUAUAGAAAUACUGAACUAUACACAAUCCUUUUAAAAGGAGUUCAAAUCAUUGUCCACUCUUGAGAAAUCUUGGCAGCAUCUUCAUUCUUCCAAGUGUGAAUCCACCCCAGCUAAAGAAAGGUGUGUAUUAGAGUCCACAUCCAAAAUUUAGAAGGGUUCAUUUUGAAUGAAAAAUAGUAUAGGGGUCAAACAUGUAACUAGAAGUUUAAACCAAUUACGUUCAGAGGUAUUUAGUAUUGUGUGAGCUGAGUUCUGUAUAAAUUAUUUACAUACUUUUCUUGCAUGAUGAUAUGAUUUUUAUAGUUGUUUGUACCAGACAGUGGCAUAUUUUUGUAAAAUUUUUGACACCAAAUUGCAAUAAAUGUUUUUCCAUUAUUGACAUA